UUCCUCCUUCGCUUGGUUGGCCACAUCCCACUGGCCCUUGGACUAUCAUAUCCAGCAGUGUCGCCUGCAUCAUGGGGGGCCUUGGACCCUCCAACAGGCUCCUGCUCCUGCCUCUUCUUCUGACUGUGGGUGGUCUCAUCCCUGUCCAGGCCCAGAGCGAAUGCAACUGCUCAGGAGUAAGUCCUGGUGUGCUGGCUGGUAUUGUGCUGGGGGACCUGGUGCUCACCCUCCUCAUUGCCUUGGCUGUGUACUCUCUUGGCCGGCUGGUCCCUCGAGGGCGAGGAGCUGUGGAGGUGACCCAGAAACAGCACAUCACUGAGACAGAGUCACCUUAUCAGGAGCUCCAAGGUCAGAGGUCAGAUGUUUACAGUGACCUCAACACACAGAGGCAGUAUUACAAAUGAGCCCAAACCAUGGCAGUCAACAACCUGAUAUCUGGAUCCAGUCAUUCCUGAUGCCUACCCAGUACCCUGUUCCUAGUCCAACCGAGAUACAGAUCUACAGAGUGCUCUCUCUGAAAUAUCUCACUUUCCCACACCCCUGCCCCCAAAUAAACAUGGAGCACAAAACA